UGAAAUGACCAACUAUUCAACAACAAGACAUCGACAGCAACAAGACAUCACAAGUCAACUGCUUCUACAAGACAAAGAUGGCCAGUAAACCUCAGCCAGAGCUCAGGAUUGUGCUCGUUGGAAAGACUGGAGUUGGGAAGACUACAAUCAUGAACGCCCUCCUGGGGAAACCUUACUCACCUGAGGCCUCUGCUUCCUCACAGACAAAAAAGUGCCAGAUAGUGAAUAAUGUAGAGGUUGGUGGACAAAAGCUGCUUGUUAUCGACACUCCAGGUGUGCAUAACACCGAGAUGACAAAGGAAGUGUUGAAGGAAGAAAUCGUAAAAUGCAUCACAUAUGCUGUUGCUGCUGAUCCACAUGUGUUCCUGUAUGUGCUGAAGCUAGGUGCUCUGUCAACUGAAGAUUACACCACAAGGGAAAUCAUUCAGAAGAUGUUUGGUGAAGAGUCCAAAAAUUACACUUUGGCCGUGUUUAACAGUGACGGUCCUGACACAAUACCUGACGAAGAAAUACAGGAAACCUUCAUCAGUGAAUUCCACGGGGGAUACUAUUUUUUCAACAAGAAAAAUCCAGCCAGCGACCAAGUGUCUGGGCUACUGGAGAAGAUCAACAAAAUGGUUGAAAAGAACGAGGGAAGUAUUACACCAUGUCCUGAUUCUCCAACAGAGCCAGAGCUCAGGAUUGUGCUCGUUGGAAAGACUGGAGUUGGGAAGACUACAAUCAUGAACGCCCUCCUGGGGAAACCUUACUCACCUGAGGCCUCUGCUUCCUCACAGACAAAAAAGUGCCAGAUAGUGAAUAAUGUAGAGGUUGGUGGACAAAAGCUGCUUGUUAUCGACACUCCAGGUGUGCAUAACACCGAGAUGACAAAGGAAGUGUUGAAGGAAGAAAUCGUAAAAUGCAUCACAUAUGCUGUUGCUGCUGAUCCACAUGUGUUCCUGUAUGUGCUGAAGCUAGGUGCUCUGUCAACUGAAGAUUACACCACAAGGGAAAUCAUUCAGAAGAUGUUUGGUAAAGAGUCCAAAAAUUACACUUUGGCCGUGUUUAACAGUGACGGUCCUGACACAAUACCUGACGAAGAAAUACAGGAAACCUUCAUCAGUGAAUUCCACGGGGGAUACUAUUUUUUCAACAAGAAAAAUCCAGCCAGCGACCAAGUGUCUGGGCUACUGGAGAAGAUCAACAAAAUGGUUGAAAAGAACGAGGGGAAGUAUUACACCAGUGAGAUGCUGACAAUGGCACAGGAAGUCAUGGAAAAAAAGGGCAUAACAUCUGCCAAGCCAACAGAUGAUAAACUGCGCACAGUGGUUACACAUAUUUUAAGUUUGACCAUGGGCGAGCCACUGGCAGAUAUGGUGCUAGAUAUAGUUGACUUUGUGGCAGACAAAGUUCAGAAAAUGGUCUUAAAAAAAUCUUAA